AUGGAAACCAUAUUGGAAAAGAGUUUAAGUCAAUUUGGUGAUACUUUGUACAUUAGACAUGCCCCUACCUUACAACAAGAAGUACAUGCUCAAGUCCUUCUCCUAUCUGCUGGAUAUGUUUGUAGAAUGUCACCUCUCCGGCUUAGGAUGAUCACAAGAUCAGGUCCUCAUCUUAGUGUAGUUUCGAAUAGAUUAGCUGCGACCUCACCCCGAGCACGCUUCUUAGGUAUGGUCAUCGGGGAAGCUUUGUCUAGUUUGGUCGACAAGGGUGAUAAGGUUAUGGACUUUGAAAUCGACGAUACUAAAACACCCGAAGCAAAAUGGUAUAAGAGCUUGGUCAAUGUAUCAGACACAAUUGGCAAUCUCGAGCCUCUAAAGUCAAAAUACGUUCCACAGACGUCAAAACCCACGAAAGCUACAAAGAGCAAACCCGCGUCGAAGCCGAACCCUCUUAAAGGAAAUUCUAAAAUAAUCGCCAUCGAAGAAAUUGAAGACGAUGAUGAAGUAGAAUCUUCCGAUAAUGGCCUCACUCCUUAUGCUAAACCUGAUUCCGAUAUUGAAGACUCAGAUGAAGAUCCAACACUAAUCAUAAGGAACAAACCAACGGCACCUGUCUAUAUCCGUGAUCUCAUCACCUACUUACGAGAUACCGAAAACUACGAUCGUCAAAAACUAGCACUUUCCACUGCCGCUUCCUUAAUACGGCGAAAAGCCAACUUCGGCACAGAGGUCAGUUCUCACGCGGAGGAGAUCGCAACCCUUCUAGUUGGCCUACAAGACAAAUACGACAUUGAGAACUUUCAAGAGAUGCGCUCUCAAGCUAUGAUCGCUAUUCUCAUCGCAUUACCCGAGAAAAUGGGUCAAUGGUUUUCAAAAACGUUUUUCGAUGGUGAUUACUCUUUAUCACAGCGCGCGGCUGUCCUCACCACUCUCGGUCUGGGAGCUCGAGAACUGGGCGGUCAUGGUUCCGAAGAUAAAUCUCUCAUCGAUACCACCGGCCCAUCUUCAUCAUCUUCCUCCUUUCCGUCCAAAAAGCUGCCAGAAGCAAUGCACAAAUACUACUCUCCGUCCCCUUCAAAACCAACUCUUACCGCAACAUCCAACCCCGUUGAAGCUCUAACCACCAACCUUCAAAAGACCUUUCUCGCGCCUCUCGCUGCCCAGACAGCGGACAAUCUUACCGGGCCCAAUAUCCUCAAAGUCCGCACCUUUUCCUCCCGCCUCGCAGUCGAGAAAAAUCGCAAAAAACCUAUCUCCAACGCCUUCGCCAAGAUCGUUUCCACAUCCUUUUUCUUUCCCCUCACCGGCCGUUUCUUCAUCCAUCUCAAAGCCUACGGUUCAAACUCCUCUUCAAAUAUAGCAUUUCAACCCUAUCUCCUAAGUCUCUUCCUCAAAACCCUCAGUAUAAUCCUUCAUUCAUCAGGUCAAUCAACACUAAGUCUCCCACAAAUGACGAGCGAAUUCUGGGAUCUUUGUCUUAGCUUGCGUACACAGGCCAUUUCGGAUGUAGUGGUACAAGAAGCAUUAUUGUUUUCUUUCAUGACGAUAUUGGAGAUUAAUGAGGGGGAUCUUAGGGGACUAGCGGAAAGACAUGGAAGGGAAUUAUUGGAGACGAGGGAAUGGGUUGAUGGGGUUUUUAGGGGCAUUGCGCCGGGAAGUGAGGAGGAUGAGAGGAGGAGGUUGUUGGCGGCGGGAGUGCUGGUUAGGAUUGGGGAGUGUGUGGAGAAGUGGCAGAGGCUUAUGGUGGGUGAUGUGGUGGGGUUUACGUAG